CUUUUUUUUUUUCCCUUUUUCCCUUUGUGUGUCUCUCUUACUUUCUCUUUCUUCUUUUGUAAAUUAUCAAUGACAGAUCGAAGAAGUGGGAUGGUUCAAUCAUUAGGCUAUCCACAGAAUAGCUCGAUUGUCAGCCGAGCAGUAGCUGCAGCUGCUGCAAAUAACCAUCAUUCAAGUCGACAUAGAGGAAGAGGCUCAAAACGUUAUUCAGUAUCAGUGUUUUAUUCAAUGGCAGCAGAACAAGAUGUAGAAGUAGAAGACGAGCUAGCUCAAGCUCAAAGACGCCUAAGAGAACUAAAGGCAAAGAUUUCAACACAAUCAAAGAAAAAUUUUAUGCGAGAAAGAGAUGUUCGAUUCCUUGAUGCUCGAAUUGGUUUAUUAAUUCAAAAUAGAAUGGCAUUAGACGAACAACAUGAAGUGGCAUCUCGCCUAGAAGAACAUGACGAUGAUGACGACGAUCAUUAUCCUGAUGAAAGGCGAAUGCAGCAAUAUGGCAACUUGUUCUAUCUCUUACAAAGCGAACCACGACAUAUCGCCAUUCUCUGUCGCUUAGUGAGUUUGGCGGAAAUAGACACUUUAUUGCAAACAGUUAUGUUUACUUUAUACGGUAAUCAAUAUGAAAGUCGCGAAGAACAUUUAUUGUUGACUAUGUUUCAGAAUGUACUAGCCGCACAAUUUGAAACAACCACUGAAUUUGCUUCUCUAUUAAGAGCAAAUACACCCGUGUCUAGAAUGAUGACAACAUAUACUAGACGUGGUCCAGGUCAAUCCUAUCUAAAAUCUGUAUUAUCAGACAAGAUCAAUAAUCUAUUAGAGGAUAAAGAACUCAAUCUUCAAAUCAAUCCUUUAAAGGUCUAUGAAGAAUUAGUCGAAAAAAUGGAAAAUGAAUCACCAGACGGAUUGCCUGAAGAUUUUCCAAAGAGUGUCACUGCAGAGAUAGCCGCUGCUAAUCCAACAAUUCAAGCGAUAAUUGAACCGAGAUUAAACAAGUUGAUGGAAAUAGCCGACAGCUUUUUAACUACCAUCAUUCAAUCAUUGGACCAAGUGCCUUAUGGCAUUCGUUGGAUUUGUAAACAAAUCAGAUCGCUCACAAAAAGAAAAUACCCUGACGCAACUGAACACGCUAUAUCGUCUUUGAUUGGCGGAUUCUUUUUUCUAAGAUUUCUCAAUCCUGCUAUUGUUACACCUCAAGCUUAUAUGCUCGUCGAUCGUAUUCCUGGCUCUAAUUCACGAACUACUUUGACUUUGUUAGCCAAAAUGAUUCAAAAUUUGGCAAAUAAGCCUAGUUAUUCAAAAGAAGCCUACAUGAUUCCAACCAAUCCUUUUGUGGAAGCUAAUAAGCAACGUACCAACAAAUUUCUUAACGAUCUUUGUGAAGUAGGCGACUUUUACGAACAGCUAGAAAUGGACCAGUAUAUGGCUUUGAGCAAAAAGGAUAUUGUCAUCAGUAUUACACCCAAUGAAAUAUACAACACGAUCACCUUAUUAAAUCAGCAUAUUGAUAUACUCGCACCCAAAGAAUCAGACCACUUGAGAAUUCUUGUGAAUGAAGUAGGCACUGUGCCUGCCCAAGUGCCACGCAAGGAAAAUAAAGCUAUUGAGCUCCCCUUAUUUAGUCGAUGGGAAAUGCCAAUCCAAGACCUCACCAUGUCUCUUAUGUCUGAAAACAAUAUUACGCAAAAUGACAUUUUGUAUAUGGAAGCAAAAUCUAUCUUUGUACAAAUCAUUCGUUCUGUACCCAACCUCUCUCGCCCACCACUCAAACUCCAUCUCAUUGCAGAGACAGCAGCGACAUCAAAGGAUGCACAGCUUGUUCAUAAAGGCAUUAAAGUGAAAGAAAUGCUACGAGAGCUUGAAGAAGCUGGAGUCAUUGAUUAUAAAGACAACUACCAAUUACUUGUUGAAGAAAUCACUCAAGAACUAGCACAUCUUGGUGAUUUAAAAGUCAAGGUCAUAGAGGAACUUCAAUCACUCGAAAGCGUCUAUAAGACAAUUAUUGACCAUAACAAUUACCUAAAGAGUCAAUUGGAAAGUUAUAAAGCAUAUCUACAGAAUGUUCGUAUGCAGAGUGGAAGUGGAGCGGCAGGAAGCAAUAAGAAGCAAGUAGGUAUUGGUGUCGAGAUUGCAGAUGCUAAAGCAAGCAACAGCAAAAAGAAGGCAGUGACUGUUCAAGGGCCAUACAAGUUUACGCAUCAGCAACUCGAAAGAGAUGGUGUGAUUGCAGAGACAGAGGUUCCAGAUAAUAGAAGAAAUCACAUAUUCUUGACUAUAUUAUCACCUAUCCCUGGUACAUUCAUCAUUUCACUCCAUUAUAAAGGCAGAGACAAGCCAGUGUUGGAGAUAGAUUUGAAAUUGGAUGACUUGCUCGAAAAGCAACAAGAUAACAUUCAAAUGCUGGAUUUGGAAUACAUCAAACUGAAUGUGACUAAAACGUUGCAGUUAUUAAAUAAAACCUUUAUGUCAAGGAACAGAACUGGCUUCUUUUCCUAAACUGAACAUACACAAUCUUAUACAUAUAUUACACUCUAUUUUUAUAUGAACACACUUAUUUAACACUAAUAUAUUUAACACUAAUAAAUAUACUUGCAAGAGCCUCGGACCACAAUCAUAUGAGCUUAAUUUCCCCUUUCUCUCUCUCCUGAUAUUUAUUUUUACAAUAAAGCCCCUUUUAAAAGAAUCAAGUAUG